AAUUGAUUAAUCUCGAGAUAAAUGCCCCAAAAAUUUAUGAAAGAAGAAAUUUAGAAAAAAUUGUAAAGCGAUUCGACUGAAUAAUCGAACCGGGAAAUCGAUAGAAAAAAAUCGAGUAUCGAAUGCAAAAAAAAUCGAUUAUUGAGGUAUCGAUUGUGAAUCGAAAAACUAGGAUAGCCUCCAAGAGGUUUCAGUCCAUCCUAUUUGAUCGUCGGCGUCCACCGAUGGUUCAGACCGGACGUAAUCGUCUACCUGGAUUAUCAAAAUUUUCAAAAAAAUGGGGACUACAGACACCGCUAUUGUUAAAAAACCCUCCACCGAGGGCAACGAAUUAAUCGACGAGUACGGAAUGAAUUUAAAAAUUCUCCCAACGAAUGCUCAGGUGAAAGAGCUGCAGACGAUUCUCAGAGACAAAAACACCACCAGGAGUGAUUUUAAAUUCUAUGCCGAUCGUUUGAUAAGACUCGUUAUCGAGGAGAGUCUCAAUCAGUUGCCAUUCACUAAGUUCGUCGUAACGACUCCAACUGGUGCCAAAUAUAAGGGGCUGAAGUAUCAGAAGGGAAACUGUGGAGUGUCGAUUGUCAGAAGUGGAGAAGCUAUGGAACAGGGGCUGAGGGACUGCUGUCGUAGCAUACGAAUCGGGAAAAUCCUAGUCGAGAGUGACGCAGACACUCACGAAGCCAAAGUCGUUUAUGCUAAAUUUCCAGACGACAUUGCUGACAGGAAAGUUUUACUAAUGUAUCCAAUAAUGAGUACUGGAAAUACUGUGAUAAAGGCCAUAGCUGUUUUAAAAGAGCAUAAUGUGUCAGAGGAAAAUAUCAUCCUUUCGAAUUUAUUUUGUACGCCACCUGCUGCCAAAACUCUAGUCACUGCCUUUCCCAAGAUGAAGUUCUUAACAUCGGAGAUCCAUAACGUAGCUCCAAACCACUUUGGACAGAAAUAUUUUGGCUGUUCAAAUCGAGGAGAGAGGCCGUGAGAGGAUAAAUAAUUAGAAAGGAGAGAUUAUUGAAUAAUUGAAGACAGUUGGUGAGAUUGAUAAUAUUCCUAGAAAAUUUUUUACUCUUCGUAGAUAAUCAUUCCGCAAAAUCCUGGAAGACUGAUCAAUAACUGGAGUACUUGAUAAUUAAUCAAAUGAAAUUCUCGUUCAUGACGUAAUAUUUUUAUUAGUAAAUUCAUGUAUUUAUAUAACAGUUGUUUCUUUAUUUUGUAAAUAUAUUGCGCAAUAUAUUUAAAAUUUGCAUAAUGACUCAGAGCAA